UAGUAGUUCUAUGUAUUUUGGGAGUCAUAUAUAGAAGCUAGCUAUAGUGAAAUGGAGUUGGAGCUAGGCUUAGGUUUACCAAAUAACAAACCUGCAGCUGAACUUGGGUUAGGGUUUAUAGCACAGCCAUGCAGGAAGAGAGGUUUUGAGGGUGAUAAGAAAACAACAUUGCCUUUGUUUGUGUGGAAGGGUGGAGAUGAUGAUGAUGAUGAUAGUGGUGAUAAUGGUUAUCUUAUUAACAAAGAGGAUGAAUGGAGUGGCAAAGGAGCUUGUUGGGUGGCCGCCGGUGAAGUACAGAAGGUGGAACGAUGAACGGAGGAAUGCCAAGUGUGUGAAGGUGAAGAUGGAGGGGGUUGGCAUUGGGAGGAAGGUGAACUUAUCUCUUCACCAUUGUUAUGAGUCCUUGCUUCAUGCCCUGAAGGGCUUGUUCCCUUAUCACUUUAAUGUGGGAGUUAAUGGCUUUGAUGAGCACAUAGUUACUUAUGAAGAUGGAGAAGGGGAUUGGUUGCUGAUUGGUGAUGUUCCAUGGGAGGUUUUUCUCCAGUCAGUUAAGAGCAUCAAGAUACUUGGCAGGAGUGCAGCUUAGUGGAGUCCUUUCUUUCUACGUAUUUCCCUGUAUUUCUUUCUUUGUUUGUUUGUACUUGAAGACUUCCAGAGUAUGGUUUCUUCUUUCUAGUUCAAACAUGAAAUUAGUUAAGGUCUUGUGUAAAUAACAAGAUAUUUUGAUCCACAUGGUAUUUCUAUGAAGCAUAACCACCAGUUUUUACAUAUAAAUACUUGGAAUUUAAGAGAGCUAACAAAAAUGUCAAAAUCCAUCUCUGAAUAUAUUUAUUAAGUGGCUUGACCAAAAUGAAAGACUAACUUAAAUGACUCAACAUAUGGCUCCACCUGUCCCUCAUCAGAUCAAAAUAAAACAUGGUGAAUGUUAAAUUUACAACAGUGCAUCAGUUUAUAUACAUGAUAUUCAGCAAAAUCACACAAACUGAUCAUAUGAUUAAUACUAGUGUUACAUAAGAAAAUGUUUAUAUUGAACCUUCUACAAUUCCAGACAAAGCAAAAA